AUGUCCUACCAUUACACCAACACACCCUUCGAAGUGGAUCAGGACUUAGCCACUCUAGAAGAAGAACUCAAGAAGAAGAUCCAGGCAGAGAGAGUCCUUCGGGACAGAUUGGACUUGGAGCUUUCGGAUGUCGCCAGAAACAAGCCGAAAGUGGAUAUCCAGGACAAGGAGAAAGUCGCUUUGGUGGUGAAGCUCCUCGAAUUGGAAUGCAGAAACUCGAAAACGAGAGAGCUCCAGAAAGACUACGAGUUCGAGGAUGUCGACGAGUUGAAGGACAAUAUCUUCAUUUUGGAAGGACAACAGAAGAAGGAGGAGUCGGACAACUUUAAGGAAGUCAUUCGGAAUCACAAACUGAAAGACGAUCAAGAGUUUGAGUUGUUGGAGUUGGAAAGAGAAGAAAAGGAGAUUAAGGAAGAAAUCGAGAAAUUGGAGAGAGAAAAUGAAGCGGAGAAAACGGUCGCCAUUCGGACGACAAAUCCAGAUCAAGUCGAAGAGCUGAUGGAUCUGUUCCAGGAGAUGAAGUGUUCGGAAUUAGCAAUACUCAAUCAAGAGAGGGUCAAGAAGUACUUUGAGGAUUACAUUGCUUAUGUGGAAACGAAAAUCGAGGACGCAAGAGAAGAACAUCGAGCACUCUGCCAGCCGAUAGAUCACCCACAGACGCAGGAGCAGAUCGAGACCGAGAAGGCGUUGACCGUCGCGCUCGGCGAACUUGCAUGGGAAAAGAAACACAGACGGAACUUCGAGUUGGAAAACAUGAAGAAGGAGAUCUGA